UCCCAAACCAUUCACCCGCCCUCUACCCCGGGAAACUGUUCUCCCGGGACCUGUCUUAUAAACCUUCCCUCACUCAUCCCCUCAGUCACCCUCUCCCCCUCAACCGCACCCAAUACCCCUCCCACACACAUAAACACAACCACCAUGACCCAGACCACCCCCUCAAACCCCCUAGGCAUCGCCACGCUCAGCCUAGGCAACGCAGCCCACCACACCCUUGAAACCCGGCUGCAUGCCGCCGCCGCCGCAGGGUACACCCACAUCGACCUCUUCGACGACGACUGGGCCGCCUACCUGACCGCGCACCACUCCCCCGCCCUUGCCCCGCCACCCACCCCCUGGACCUCCACCCCAGAAACCCUGCGCAUCGCGACGCAACUCGGCGCCCUCGCAGCAUCCCUCUCCCUCAAGGUCGCCUGCACGCAGCCCUGCCGCCAGAUCGAGGGGAUCCUCGACCCCGCCGCCCGACGCGCAGCACUCGACUCCGUCGCCGCGCGGUUCCCAUUCAUGCGGGCCUUCGGGACGGAUCUCGUGUUCAUGUGCGCCAACAUCCGGACGGACUCGGGCGUCACCGCCGACCUCGCCACGGUGGCGCAGGACCUCGCCGAACUGGGCGAUAUGGCGCGCGCCUUCUCCGAGGCCGACGGGGGACCGAUGCUCCGGAUCGGGUACGAGGGGCUCAGCUGGGCGCGCCGGAAUACCUGGGCCAGUUCGUGGGAGGCAGUGCAGGCUGCCAACCGCGCGAAUGUGGGGUUGAUCGUGGACGCGUUCAAUGUGUUAGCGGUCGAGUGGGCGGAUCCCUAUGCGCAGGAUGGGUCGGGGAGAGUCUAUGGUGAUUUGAAGGUGGCGCGGGAGGUUUUACGGGAAUCGAUGCGGGACUUGGUAAGGUGCGUGCCGGCGGAGAAGAUCUUUUUCUUUCAGGUGGGCGAUGCGGUGAGGGUUGGGGUGGAGGAGGUGAGGGCUUGGGAUGUCAAGGGCGAUACGCCGCGGCUGUUGCCGUGGUCCAGGGGGUAUCGCUUGUUCCCUGGGGAGAAGGAUAGGGGCGCUUAUCUGCCGGUGGAGGUGGUCGCUGCUGCUGUGUUGGAGACGGGGUAUGCGGGGCCGGUGUCGUUGGAGGUAUUUAAUCACUCGUUGAGCGAGAAGGAUGCCUCGGUGCCCACGGUGCAUGCAGAGCGGGGGAUAAAGGGCUUGCGGUGGUUGUUGGAGGAGGUGGCCAGUGUGCCGGCAUUUGGCGAUGCGACUCGAUAGUGGGGGGCGGAUGUUAGGGCAGGGUAGUUUUGCUGUAUUUUAU